CGGGGGAGACAGGUGCCGUGGGAGCCGGCUCAACGCGGCGGCGACAUUCAGUUAGCACGCGCGUCUUGCCGGCGGACGGCUUUCCCUGCGCUUUUUCGUCCCGUUUCUCUCUUUCUCCCUCUUCCUUUCCCAUCGGCCCUCAUCUGUCUCGCGCCGCUUCUCGACCGAGGAAAAAGAACGAGGAAGAUCGGAGACUCGCGAGAGACUCGCGGCGGAAAGGGGGCGGUCGCAACGCGAUUGGGAGCGCGAAGCAGCGGGGAGGGGGGGGAUUUCGAAUUCGCGCGUAACGAAAAUAAUCGUCGCGCGGCGGCGUCGGAAGUUUUCGACCGAGCGGUCCGUUUUCCGGGAGUGAGAAGUGCCACGAGUGAAGGCUCCCUCACCGACGUCGGCGACGACGGUUCCUCGAGCGGCGGAGUCUGGAGGCGCUUCGCGAAAAUCCACCAUCCUCGUCCUCGUCGAUGCCCUCACCGACCACUUCCCGGCGAAUCGUGCGAUCGCGCGCACGUGCUCGAUAAUCGCGCGCAGCGAGGUGGAGCGCGUGCUUGAAUGUGCGAGCGAUCCGGCUUCCUGGCUUUCUCGAGAUCCUCACGACGACGAAGAGAUCCAGACUCCCGGAGGAGAGAUUCGUGAAGCGAUAUCCUCUGUCCGUGGUGUUCCGACAAAUUUCAUCCCGACGCUGAGCGAACGUCGCGUUAUGCUGACGGUAUAGUUCAUCGGAUCGUCGUUGUGGUCUUUCAGCUGAUCGCCGGGCGGUCUGAAGUUACUCGACGUCGUGAUCGUGUGACGCAUCGCGAGCAUCACGGCCAAUCUCACGCAGCUGUUUAAAAUGCGAGGCGGCGACUGAGAGAGCGGAGCUGAAAUAUAUCGACGAUUGACCACGGCAGGUGGUCCCCGAUCGCACCUGGAGGAGCAGCCUACGCGACUUGUCGACGAUGUCGCCGAACGAGGAGAGGAUACCGGCGUGUCACGCCGCACUAUCGGCGGAUCCCGACGCGCACUGGAAGGACGAGCCGGCGGUGAACGCGGAAGGUGAGAGGACGAUGGUCGAGUACGAGCCGCGAAUCAAGUGGCUGGACCUCGGCGUGCAGAUCUUCAUACACGGCGGCUGCCUGUACGGGAUCUACCUGGCGCUCAUGCAGGCGAAGCUGCUCACGACAGUGUGGGCGUUCGUAACAAUUUAUACAUCCGGCUUCGGGAUUACGGCUGGCGCCCACAGAUUAUGGUCGCACAGGGCGUACAAGGCGAAAUGGCCUCUGCGUCUGCUUCUAGUCUUCCUCUUCACGAUCACCGGACAAAGGCACGUGUACGCCUGGGCGCUGGACCACAGGGUGCAUCACAAGUACAGCGAGACCGAUGCGGACCCUCAUAACGCGAAGAGAGGUUUCCUGUUCGCUCACGUGGGGUGGCUGUUCACGACGCCCCAUCCGGACGUGAUCUCCAAGCGCCAGGUGGUCGACAUGAGUGACCUCGAGGCGGAUCCCAUAGUUAUGUGGCAAAAGACGUUGUACAUCCCUCUGUUCGCGCUCUUAACCAUCGGAUUGCCGGUAGCGGUACCUUGGUAUUAUUGGUCGGAGUCGCUGUGGAUUUCAUUUUGGGUGAACUUCAACCUCCGUUUCUGCGUGACACUGAACAUCGCAUUCUUCGUCAACAGCGUGGCGCACAUGUGGGGUCAGCGGCCGUACGAUAAGUACAUCUCCCCGGUGGAGAACGUCGCGGUGUCGAUCGCGGCGCUCGGCGAAGGCUGGCACAAUUAUCACCACGUGUUCCCGUGGGACUACAAGACCGGCGAGCUCGGCGACUAUUCCUUCAACGUCACCACCGGUUUCAUCGACGCGUUCGCGCGGAUCGGCUGGGCCUACGACCGAAAGUACGUUUCACCGGCGAUGAUCCGUCGCAGGGCGUGCCGUUCCGGCGACGGCAGCCACGUCUGGGGCUACGGUGACGUCGACAUUACCAAAGAGGACCUCCAGGAGCUGAAGAUGAUGGAGAAGCGCGAGUGAGAGAGAAAGAAUGAGAAUAAGAGAGGGAGAGAGAGAGAGAGAGGCCAUGCGCCGCUUGCCAUUGCGGCGUUUCGUAGCGUGUAGUGAUCGCGGCGUUGGCUCCUGCCGACGGUAUCCUCGGGGACGUCGAGGAUGGGCGUUUUCUCUGCGUCGCACUCGCGAACCACUCGAGUCCUCCACGGAGUAGUAGAUCAUUCCCCGUGACAUGCACACUUUGUGUUCCAAUUAGAGAAUGUUCCGUGUAUAUUGGGGGGAUACAGAAGUAUCGGAAAAUAAUUUAUAUUUAUAUUGUUAUGAAGGGAAAUGAGAGAAUGUGUGUGUAUGUGUGUGUGUGUGUGUGAGAGAGAGAGAGAAAGAGAGAAUACGAAAGAGAGCUGAGAGAUACUUUAAUCGAGAAAUGGUAGCGCACGGUCGACUCUUCGGCUUCUACUCGUGAGUUACAACUUACGAGUAGAAUUCCCUCGAAGUUCGUAACAACUUACGAGUAGAAUUCCCUCGGGUAACGCGAGGACCGCUCGAAAAUUUCGCGCGGGAGAUUCGUCUAGUAAGUCGAGCGGGAGCUUAACAUUUCUCGAAUCUAGCACUACGGAGUUGAUUGUGGGGGGUUGAUUAUUGGAAAUUAAUCGUUCGUUUCGCGACGAAACGAGGUUCGUACGGAGAACUCCGAUGAUGCCUUCCGAUUAGGACUAUUUCGGGCGUAUCUGUACAUUUUUGUAUCAUGACCGUUUUCGGGGAAAAUCGACAAUCCAGUUACGUGAAAUGUAACAGUAAUAUAAUGUAUACAUUCACAAUGUACAUUACUGUUGUUUUUAAUGAUGACCGAGUUGCCGAUUCUUCUCGAAAGCAACAGUCAUAACGCAAAAAUACGUGGAUAUGACGCGUCCGAGCCGGAAAUCCUUCCCUAACCGGAAGUGAGAGACAUUAUUACAGUUCUCUGUGCGACGACAGUUUCACAAGAUCGGUAAAUCCGCGUUUACUCGAGAGUCCAUUGCAAUACGCACGACAGAGGUGUGUACAAAUAAAACGUUAUGCCUGACAACACUCGUAGUUGUGCGAUAGUUGAAAAUCGCGAAAAUCUCCGUCGCCUGGGAGAACACGGUCGACCAAUUUCGCCGAGCGAAGAUAAUAUCUGCGCGAGAGAUAAUAUGUGCGAGAGAGAAAGAGAGAGCUGAGCGCGUUUCCGCGCGCUCCGCUGGCUUUCCUUUACUCGCUGAAAAACCUUCACGUUUCUCGAGAGACCUUUCUCUCUCUUUCAGCUUCCGGUUGCGAAAACGCAUGACUUUCCGACGCAUUCCGAUGCACGAGCGACAGUCGACAAAAUAAAAUUAAUCAAUUAACUCGUUCUCGAUGGAACAUCUACCGAGCGUAGUUCCUAAUUCGUGCAAUUUCGCUCAUCCCCAGCAGCCCCGAUCUUCCCGAGAGUGACUCUGAUUUUCCUCCCCCUCCGGAAAAGAAAGAACAGAAAGUAUACGAAAUGUGGUAACCUAUGAGUCGUCCGAGCCGCAACUUGGAAAUCAUGCGACACGGUUCCAACGUCUCAUUGAGUAUGUGUGUACGUCGGGCAUGUAAUCAUACGUGAAAAUAUAUUAGCGAGGAUGUGGUGGUGUGUGAACAGCCGUACGUCGUUGUAAUUGACGUCGUUGCGAUCACAGUCGACUAGAUCGUUAAGGAGCCAAUUGACCGAGCACAAACUUCCACGCCAACCAAAUGCAGACUAAGUGUAAUCGAAUCCAGGUGUCCACUUGCGAGUGCCUUAAGUUUGCUCUUCCCGACAUAUAUACAGGGUGUCCGAUAGUUAUUUCGGUAUCCGUGAUGAUGUUGCAUCAACGUAUUGAGCGGUUUGCCGCUGCAAAGGCACAUAAUUGCAACACUCUGGUGUCUGAUUACAUUUCUUGGUAUCCGUGAUACGCGGGUAGAACCCGGUGAAUCUGAAGUACAGAAAAGUUAUGCACCAUUUUGCAAGAUUCGCAAUAGUUAAUGAGCAAUUGAUUGAUCUAUUACUAUUGCGAAUUUUGCAAAAAGAGGUCACGAUUUUUUCCUUUCAGUUCGAUCCAUUCCACCUGCCCACGAGUUAUUGAAGAAAAAAAAAAGAGUUCCGGACACCCUGUGUAUGUGUGUGUGUUGUACAAUAGCCUGAGAAAAGAACGUGGUAUUUAGAACGCGCGAGAACGAAAAUUCUGAUCGCGUUUCGAUCGAAUUUGAAUUGCGCGCGCGUAUUGUAGACCAACGACAACGCGAAUAACGUAGAAAUGUUAUUUACGUAAUCGUAUGCCUGCGACGGUCUCUGUGUGUGUGUGUGUGUGUGUGUGUGUGUGUGUGUGUGUGUGUGNGUGUGUGUGUGUGCGUGCAUGAGCC